ACCAUAACAAUUAAACGUGAUGAUAAAAGAGUUUCUUUUUCCUUCCCCCAGCCUUUAGUUGACCUAACUUACGUUGAUUAAACUGAAAGCGUAAAAGUCUUUAUGGCCAACCAUCCCCUCCUAAUUAAUGCUGGGUUUACACUGCCCGCAAGGCCAGGUAAUGAGAUUUCAGAGUUAGAGAAACGGGGACGUGGCCGCUACCGGUCUACACGAGCUACUUACCACAACAAAGGCGUGAAACUUUGCUUGUUCAUAUGGUAUAGACUCCUUCACUCGUAGCUACCGUGUUUGAACUUUGAAAUCUUAACCCUUCAGCCCGCACAACCAACCAGAAGUCAGAAACUUCCUCCCUUCCCCUCGUUAUCCACUUGAUGAAGAGUCAAGUAGUUGUUUUAAUAGCAGCAGUCAAAAUAGUCUCCACAAGACGCCACACCAAAAUAUAUAGUCAUCCCUGAUCUCUCCAAUCCUUCCAAUCUCCAAACUACUCAAAAGAUGAUGGAAAAACCAGUCGAGCAGCUGAAGAAAGAAAGCCAAACCAAGUUUGCCAAGAACGAAUCUGCAGAGACUCCUACACUCGUGUUAGUCCAGCAGAAAGAAUACCAAUCCGAGGUAAAUGGCAAAAACGAACCACAGGCCACCGCGAGGCCCCUGGAAAACCAAGCUAAGAUUUCUAAAUCGGCAGAACAACCAGCUGAUGCGGCCGCCGAUCCACUUCUUUGGGACUGUGGAAGCUCCCUGUACGACUCUUUCGAGCUCAAGUCGUUUGAACGCCAACUUGACUCGGCCAUCCAUUCAAGAACUCUGUCAAUGCCCCACUUAUCUGAUCGUCGUGUGAUUGAUGGUGGUAAUCACCACCAGCCGCCAUCUCAGCCGCCUCAGCCCAUGUCUAAGAAGUCCUCCAAAAUUUCGCGUUCGUUUCACAAGUUUCUUCGAUCUGUAUUCAAGCCCAAGGCACAAAAUGGUAACAAGAAUCCUUUCUUUCCCGCUAAUGAGCAGCAGGCCACGCGGGAUGGAUUUUACGUGGUCUACGACAUUGACAAGUCCGGGGCUCUUUCAACUAUUCCAGAAGUUUCGGAGUUCGAUGGUCUUUCACCCGAGUACAAAUCUUUGGUUACAAGAACUGCAUCCGAUCGAUUUGCCAGAAAGAGAUGCAAUAGAGCCAAAGUCAAUUUUGGCUGGCUACUACUCCUAGUGACUUGUAGAUUAGCCAUUCUAAAGAGGUGGUGGCCGUGGUUCCUUCCUUUGGGCUUAAUAAUCCUGGCGGACGACGGAUGAUGGCGUUUGCCACCAGCAGCUCUCGGAGAAACUUUAGGGCCGGGAUAAUGAUGUCACAUGCCCAUUUCAUUCCUUGUUAAGGGACUUAUGGCCUCUCCCUUGUACCUCCAAAAAAGGAGUAAAGGCUCAUAAUUGAUCCCUUGUCUGUAUCAUGUAUGUAUUAUCCUUACCUUCCCCAAUUAAUGAGGUUGUUGCAGGUUGGUAGUC